CAUCACACGCGCCCCUCCUCCUCACUCCUCAGUCCUCACCCCAGCAUCCAACUACCCCCGGUCAAGCCGCCCCGCCCCGCCUGGGAACCUUCCAGAAGCGCAAGAUUCCAAGGCCGCCGCCUUCCCAUCCGUUCCUCGCCGCGGGGGUCGCCUGAGAUCACAUAAACAAUGGUGAAGGCUGUUGCUGUGCUUGGUAGCAGCGAGGGUGUCAAGGGCACCAUCUACUUCACCCAAGAGGGAGAUGGCCCCACCAGUGUCACUGGAAGUGUCUCUGGCCUCAAGCCUGGCCUCCAUGGGUUCCAUGUGCAUGCACUUGGUGACACAACAAAUGGCUGCAUGUCAACUGGACCGCAUUACAACCCUGCGGGCAAGGAACAUGGAGCACCAGAAGAUGAGAACCGCCAUGCUGGUGAUCUUGGAAAUGUCACGGCCGGAGCAGAUGGUGUUGCUAACAUCAAUGUUACCGACUGCCAGAUCCCACUGACUGGGCCAAACUCAAUCAUUGGCAGAGCUGUUGUUGUUCACGCUGAUCCUGAUGAUCUUGGAAAGGGUGGGCACGAGCUGAGCAAGAGCACUGGAAACGCUGGUGGCCGUGUCGCCUGCGGGAUCAUUGGACUCCAGGGUUGAAAGUGAUCACCGGACUGGAGUGCCGAAAGCGUUGUCGUCCCCCCGCCGUCACCACUGGACUGGUCUGAGUGUCCUUUGGAUACGUGAAAUAAGAGUCGCCUGAUCUAUGAUCGGCGUGUUUGCUGUUCAAACUCGUAGCACCUGCCGAUGAACUGAAACCUUUGUUGGUGUAACGCUGUUUCGCCUGGACCUGUGUUGCAUACAUGUCGCUUUGAGAACGUCCAGACCGAUAUGUGGAAAUAAGAGGGCACUUGUUGUGGAA